GCAAGUAAAGCGCAAAACUGCCCAGCAGCUGCUACGUGUAGCCCCCUUUUAAUGGAAAACGCCAGUCUACGAAUCCUUAGAGAAGUAACCACAUAUCGAAACAAGAUGGAGUGUGUGAGUUUUACUCAACUAUCGACAUAACACACGUAGCAGAGGUCCGGAGCCACGCAAACUAUCGGUUAGUGCUAACGCUAGCUAGCCGGCGCCUGCUAGCUACCGGACCAGCCAGCUCUCGUGUGGAGACUCGUGAAAAGCCAUCUCCCCGGAAGGGAGGAGCACAUUUCCUUCCUUUAGAUAUUCGUAGCGUUAUCCACACCGGAUAAAGCUGCCGUUUCCCUGACGGUACCGGGAGUGAAAGGAGGAGCGGUGACGUGACGGCGUAACUGUGGGCGGAUCCGUGGCGGCCGGUAGCUGGCUAGCAGACCUCCGUCGGCGCUUUAGCCAGACGGGCUAACGAUGCCGGAUUGGGUUUCUCCUGCCGGGGUCAGAAUCGAGAGCCACCCGAAAUGAUUUUAUGGAGACCACCCUACAAGGCUUGAGCUGAUUCGUCAGCCUUGAGUAGGAUUUGGUUUUCAACCCCCAAGUGUCCUCUCGAUAUCAGCUGACCAUGGUGGUCUGAACAGGGGGGAAAAAAGAAUCCCGGCACAGCGUGAGAGAGCAGCAGAGACGGAGCGGAGAGACGGGGAAAGCAUCGUUGGAGCGCAAAACAUGUCUCAAAACAGAGAACUGGUGGUUUUCUACAUAAACUAUAAACUCUCCCAGAGGAACUUACCCCUCAACCACAUAGGGCUGUCCGAGCCUCCCAACAGGACUGGCGGGGGGGUAGAGGCAGGGGCGGCUGGUGGGCAGCGGGGAGCGACGCACUCCAACGGGACUUUCAACGGCACGAGUCCCGGGACCCCGCCGGCGUCCCCGCUGCUCCAGCAACGGUCGCCGUCGACGGCGAGCCUGGAUGCGGUGAAGGAGGCCCUGCGGGACUCGGCCAACGAGUUCGAGCUGCGAUACGCUCGGGCCUUCAGCGAUCUGCACAACCAGCUGCACAUCACGCCGGCCACGGCCUACCAGAGCUUCGAGGACGUGAUGGACGAGGUGUUCCGGGACGGCGUCAACUGGGGCCGCAUCGUGGGGCUGUUCGCCUUCGGCGGGGCGCUGUGCGUGGAGUGCGUGGACAAGGAGAUGAGUCCGCUGGUGGGCAGGAUCGUCGAGUGGAUGACGCUCUACCUGGACAACCACAUUCAGCCCUGGAUCCAGAACCAGGGAGGCUGGGAGCGCUUUGCAGAGGUCUUUGGGCAGGACGCGGCAGCAGAGAGCCGGAGGUCCCAGGAGAGCUUCAAGAAGUGGCUGCUGGCGGGGAUGACGCUUGUGACCGGCGUCGUGGUGGGCUCGCUCAUCGUCCAGAAACGCCUGUGAGGGGUUUGGGGGGGGAGAUGCCUGACGGGCCCCCCCUCCAUCGCUAGACCCCUCUCCACCUGCCUUCCCUCGCCAUCACCCUCACACCCACGCUUAACCACGGAGGUUCAAAUGAAGGUCUCGUCAGAACUGCUGAUGAUGUUUACUUUUUGUUGUUUGUCCCCCCCCCCGUCCCUCCCGUGUCCCUCACACUCCACAGUGGACUCAGAAUCCUCCCCGAGAGGAGGAAGAGCUACUAGUAUUCGUGAGUCCACCUUAUUCCUCCUCGAUGACCGAGGUUGUCCAGAGACUUCUGUUCCUUUAUUCCUCUCUUUAUGUUUUUAGUUUUAACAAAUGUACCCUUCUUCGUUUUUUUUUUUGCUCCCCACGUUUGUGGCUUGAACCGACCCCUCUGAUGUGUUUGUGUGUGUGUGUGUGUGUGUGUGUGUGUGUGUGUUGUCGGGGGCCCGGGCGGCUCCACCUGUGCGAUCUUAAGCUUGUUUUUGCUGCUCGUGUGUGCCAUACGGAGGGUGCUGUCCCACCACCGCGUACACGCCAUGCACCCCCCCCCCCCCUCACCCUUGACCCCCGUCCUUCAUGCUUAUUGGUUUUGUGCGCGCAGCAAUGAGGGGUCUGAACACACAAUUGAUUGAAACACGUGACUCCUCCUGCUCGUCCGUGUUUGUUGGUGAGUUUUUGGUUUCGGAUGCAUGAAGCAUUAGAAGUCUCCCGUCCCGUCUCCCCUGUCCCCUCCGUCCCACCCGUCCCCGCACCCCGUUGAUCCCAUUCUGCGCCCGGUCAGCCUGCCGACGGCCCGACCCCCGUUGUGCGGGCGUGUUGCGAGUUCCGCAGCAGAAAGUGUAGCAGCACAUGUUGAAGCAGACGCAGUGUUUGGGUGUGACAUUUUUAAUUUGAGUAUUCAGAACGUUCAGACAUUUGAUAAUUGAUUUCUGAAACACUACGGUUAAUUACUAACUGAACUAUAGCUGAUGUAUAAGCAGUUGAAUGUCUGAUAUACACACGUGAACAAACAAAAGUGUGAUAUUAGUCGCUUAUUAAUCGUUUAUAUCCACCAACAGCUUUACAGGGCUGUGUAAUGAAUAAAUAGCAUACAGAAAUCACCACAUUUUAUGUUGAUUUAAAGAUGUAACAAUUACAGCCUAACCGACUAGGAUAUUUGACGUUUCAUUCGAUUAGAUAAUUAAAUAGUCUGAUAGCUAUAAAAAUCCAUACUCUGUGGGACAUUUUACAUUUUAAAAAGCAGCUUGUCGGUGCUCUCUGGGGAACAAAGGAAUAUUGUUUGUUCAUUCAUUAUCCGCUUAUCGAUGCCAGGUUGUAAUUGAAACUUGAAAUAUCUUGAUAACGGUUUACAACUACAUUGCAGUCGUUGUUAACAACAGUUUGGAUAAUUGGUCAAUAAUUAUCAAACAGAAAUGGCAAAAGAUACACUGGAUCCUUAAUGUGAGGAUUUGCUGCUUUUCUCUAAUGUCAUGUUAUAAAAUUGCAAAUUAAAGAUCUGUGGGUUUAAAAUAAUGAAGUGUUGGACUCAUUUCCGUGGUGACUUUCUCUUGUGCUAUAAUUCAAUAAUCUUCCCUUUUUAGAUGUAAGCCCCAUUAGUCCGAUGCUGCGCGUAGCAAUGACAGCUGGAGGCUUUGAGGAGACGACGCGGUUCCGCUCCGGAGGUCCGGGAGAGUUUCAUUUUAGAAAAGCGGCACAGACGUUAGACCGCCCCCCCCCCCCCCCCCCCCAUUGCCCCCCCAUCCCUCCCCCCCACCACGAGACGUCGUGAUUCCUGUCAGAUCUCCAUCCGUCUCCCCUCCUCCUCACCGCUCCAUCCGGCUCCUCCUCUUCCGCCCUCUGCGAUCCCUCGGCUGUCAGUCACAGCUGGCUCACCUGCUGCUCGCUUGUUACCGUGCACACGGAGUCGGGGGGAGGAAGGGAGGGAUGUGGGGGGGGGGACUCUUGGUUUUGUUUUCAAUUUCAAGCUGACAGUCAAAGGAGGUGUGUUUGUCGCCCGACUAACAACUGGCAGCUCGACUAGUUUGUUGUCGGGGGGGGCUGCUGUCUUCACGCAAUCAUUUACAUCCUUAUCAAAUAUUUCACCCACAAAUAAAAUGACAUAAAACAACCCUUCAAUGACAAACUCCAGUUAUCUCCAGCGAGCCUCGGUUCUCUCACAUUCCACUUCAGUAUAUAAAUAUAUUUUUGUAGUGUUCGGAAAAGACCCCGACAAGAAGCUGUGCGUGUCAAAAGGUUGUUGAAAGUGACACACAAAUGAAGUGUGACAGCAUUGGCACAACCCUAUAUGUAUAUUUAAACCAAUUAGAAUAGAAGAUAUAUAUUUAAACCAAUUAGAAUAGUGCAUUUUCUUAGUAACAUUUAAUACAUGCUGAAUCGAUGGCUUUUAAACAUAAUUUAUACAUGAUGUAAAAAAAGCACAAUUGUGCCUCCUUUCAAUGGACUUAAACUGUUAAACCUGCAUUGAUGUGUUUGGUCAUUCAUUGUGUGUGCGUUUUCUUUUAUUGAUUGGGCUGCCAUCACACGAGAACAUUGCAAAGUGUGAGGAUCAUUGUACAGAGGAUUCUGGUCCAUGUAUGUUUAUGCCAUAAAGAGUUACACAGACAGAGAUUGACUCCACGUCGUUGUACAAUGCUAGAAUACAUUGAACCUAAUAAAGCCAGUGUUGGUUCUGCACCGAG